CUGCCGCCGCCGCCAUGCCGGCCAAGAGGAAACUGGUGCCUCCGGCCCUCAACAUCACCCCCACCAUCGCCGAGGGACCCAGCCCCACCGGGGGGGAGGGCGACGGCUCCGAAGCGCAUCUUGUCGACCUCCAGAAGAAACUGGAAGAGCUGGAGCUGGACGAGCAGCAGAAGAAGCGGCUGGAAGCCUUCCUCACCCAGAAAGCCAAAGUCGGAGAGCUGAAAGACGACGACUUUGAGAGGAUCUCGGAGCUGGGAGCCGGCAAUGGCGGGGUGGUCACCAAAGUACAACACAAACCCUCAGGGCUAAUCAUGGCACGGAAGCUGAUUCACCUGGAGAUCAAACCCGCCAUCCGAAACCAGAUCAUCCGCGAGCUCCAGGUGCUUCACGAGUGCAACUCCCCCUACAUCGUGGGUUUCUACGGCGCCUUCUACAGUGACGGGGAGAUCAGCAUCUGCAUGGAGCACAUGGAUGGAGGCUCCCUAGAUCAGGUUUUGAAAGAAGCCAAAAGAAUUCCAGAGGAAAUCUUGGGGAAAGUCAGUAUAGCGGUUCUACGUGGAUUGGCUUACUUGCGAGAGAAGCACCAGAUCAUGCACAGAGAUGUAAAGCCAUCUAACAUCUUGGUGAAUUCCCGAGGAGAAAUUAAACUCUGUGAUUUUGGAGUCAGUGGUCAGCUCAUCGACUCCAUGGCAAAUUCCUUUGUGGGCACUCGAUCCUAUAUGUCCCCCGAGCGCUUACAAGGCACUCACUAUUCGGUCCAGUCUGACAUCUGGAGCAUGGGCCUCUCCCUGGUGGAGCUGUCAAUCGGGCGGUAUCCCAUCCCCCCGCCUGACGCCAAGGAACUGGAAGCUAUAUUCGGCCGGCCUGUGAUCGAUGGGGCGGAAGGGGAAACCCACAGCAUCUCCCCGCGGCCCAGGCCCCCAGGACGUCCUAUUAGCGGCCACGGGAUGGACAGCCGGCCCGCGAUGGCCAUCUUUGAACUGCUGGACUACAUAGUUAAUGAGCCGCCUCCUAAGCUGCCGUAUGGGGUUUUCACUCAAGACUUCCAGGAGUUUGUAAAUAAAUGCUUAAUUAAAAACCCUGCUGAACGGGCAGAUCUAAAGAUGCUGAUGAAUCACACCUUUAUCAAGCGCUCCGAGGUGGAAGAGGUGGAUUUCGCCGGUUGGCUUUGUAAGACGCUGCGACUGAACCAGCCCGGCACGCCCACCCGCACUGCCAUGUGACC